UUAUAUAAAAAUUGAUUCAAAAGUAAAAUUAAUAAAUUAUUAAAAAUCAUAUAUAUAUUCUAUUUUUUUUUAGAUGUUUCCUUAUAUUGAUAAUAUUCAUGGAAAAUGGCAUUUUAAUGAAAUACGAGCUAUAUUUUCAAGACGAUAUCUUUUACAAGAUAAAGCAUUAGAAAUAUUUGUUUCAAAUAGAAACUAUAAAACUUAUAAAUAA